UAAAAAAUUAUUAUCUGUUCUAUGUUCCCUUGCAUUGUAAAAAUUUUAUCAUGUUUUAAUUAUGUUUGAUUCAUAGAUGGACAAGAAUUCAGUCCUCGGCCGUGCAAUCAAGUACCUGAAGCAGCUUCAGGAGCAGGUGAAGACUCUGGAAGUGCAGCCGGCGAAGAAGAUAGCAGAGCCUGCGGUGAUCGUAAGGAAAUGUCAGCUCUCAGAUGAUGAUGGGUCUUCUUGUGAGGAAAUUUUUUGUGAAGGGAAGCCUAACGAAGCUAAUAACAACAUUGAUGUUGAGGUCGAGGCGAAGCUAUCGGGAAAGACUGUUCUGUUGAAGAUUCACUGCAAGAAGAGCAAAGGAUUACUGGUGAAGAUACUGGCGGAGAUUGAGAGCCUGAAGCUUUCUGUUCUGAAUACCAGCUGCAUUCCUUUUACAGCUUCUGCUAUCGAUAUCACUGUGAUGGCUCAGGUUGAAGACGGGUUUUCUUUGACGGUGAAGGAGCUUGUAAAGGAGCUAAAUGUAUCAUUCAAGAAGUUCAUGUGAAGGAUUUGAUGGAGCAGAAGUUCUUUCUUGUUAGUACGAUCGAUGAUGAGGGGGGUUUUGUUCUUGAUUUGCUUCUUUUUUACAAGGCUUCAUUUUCUUUGACAGUGUAGGAGGUUGUAAUUAAAGAAGCUAAAUGUAAUCAUUGAAGCAGUUCAUGUGAAGGAUUUGAUGGAGCAGAAGUUCUUACUUGUCUUGUCGAAGUGGUAGAUAUACGGAGCUCGCAAAGAAACUCAUGUCGUGCAACUUUGGAGUAUAUGCAAUGGAUUGAACAGGUAGACACCAUGUACACACUGUUCUCUGGCACCUCUCUGUUUUGUCCCUUUCUUGCAAAAUUUUUUUGACUUCCAUCAAUUUGAUUACAAGACUAUAAAAGCCCAUUCAAGCAAGAAAGCUCAAAUGCCUCUAGUCUCUGUCUGCAUGAUCUUUACCGUUCAAGAAAAAAGCUCAUUGAUUAUAUUCUCACUUCUAUUCAGGAAGCUCUCAAAGCACUGUGGCAAACAUCUUUCCCAACAACAAACCUUACAGGCUUAGUCUCUGAGUAAUGGAAAGAUAUGGGUUGGCAAGGUUUAAAUCCAUCAACAGACUUCCGGUAAAUUAAAGAAUCAGAACAGUCUUAACACAUGCACGCACACACAGAAGGAUUGAGCUGUUUUGCGUAGUCCUCAAAUUACUAUUGCUUUCUAUUUAUUUCAGUCACGUAUUUAUAUUCUUCAUCUUUUAGUUUUGAAUAAAAUUACAUAUGUGCUAAAAGCUACUAACUUAUGACUGUGGGAAGUUAUCUAUCAAAUUAGACUUUCUAUACAACAUUUUAUUUGAUACUCUUCAUAGUAAGACUUACGAUGUUCUGAAUUUGGCGAAACAUUACAAUUUUGUUAGCAGCCACAGAUUAGACCUCCACUUGUCUAUUGCCUAGAUGAAACCACAGAUUGCAUGCAUAGAAUGAUAUUUAGAAACUUGUCUAUUGUUAAACUUUAUAUGUUCCACGGAGAGAUGAUCUGAUUUUCAAAAUUUAAAGCGACAAUAUCCACUGCUUUGACUUGUUCUGGUAUUUUAAUUUUUCUUGAAAGGGAGGAAAACUCAAGUUAUUUAUGUGUCUAUUUGUGUACCAAUUCUUGACUUUAUGUUUACUAUGUUGAUUCAUUCAAUUUGAAUGCAGUUAUCAACUUCAAAAGUUUCUUACAGGGGCUGUGGAUUUGUUUCACUUGAGAAUCUACUAUUUUUUGCUCAGACCUAUCCGGUAUCACAUAUUGCUUUCGAUAUGUUUUUGUUUACUUAUUUUAUACAAUUCAUAUAUGUUGCAAUUAAUGAAUGUAGGUUUCUUUCAAAAGAAUAUUACUUAAACAAGAAGGGACAAGAGCAGUAUGGGAAUAUCCAUUUGC